GGCAUCCUAUGGACUUUGUCUCUCUGAAAGCUUUUUUUCCUCAUCACUUUGUACUUUUGUUGGACGCGCUAGCACUUGCACUUUAUGGACACUUUGCGCGAAAAUGUAUCAGCAAAACCUUUUUAAAAAAUCUUUCGCAACGUUUCUAUGAACAAUUCAGACUUUUUCCUGUCUCCUCGAAUUAGAUUCAUCGAAAAUGUCCCUCAUCGAACAGCUCCUGCAGAAGACCGUAUUUAUCUCGUCGACUGAAGACGCAGGUGUUCAGGGCACUGUAACACCACAUGCUCAGUUCAGUCCUAGCGGAGAUGCUGCUGUCCUGGACAAAGCCAUUAAAGUGAAGGGUGUGGACGAGCCCACGAUCAUUGAGGUGCUCGUGAAGAGGAGCAACAUUCAGCGGCAGCAGAUCAAGGCUGCGUAUCAGCAGGCCACCGGCAAGUCCCUGGAGGGAGCUCUAAAGUCAGCCCUGCAAGGAGAGCUAGAAGAUGUGGUCCUCGGACUGCUGAGGACCCCUGCUCAGUACGACGCCCAGCAGCUCAAACUGGCCAUGAAGGGCUUGGGCACGGAUGAGGAUACCCUAGUUGAGAUCCUGGUCACCAGAUCCAACAGGGAAAUCAAAGAUAUUAAGAUGGCCUACAAGGAUGAGUUCAAGAGUGAGCUGGAGAAUGACAUAAAGAGCGACACGAGUGGAGACUUCAGGAACGCCCUUCUGGCCCUCAGCAAGGCUACCAGAAGCGAAGACAAGGUUGUGCAAGAAGAUCUGGCUGACAAGGAUGCCAGGGCAUUGUAUGAAGCGGGGGAGAAGAGGAAGGGCACUGACUGCGCUGUGUUCAUUGACCUUCUCACCAGCAGGAGUGUUCCUCACCUCAGGAAAGUGUUUCAGCUAUAUUCCAAAUACAGCAAGGUGGACAUGGCAAAAGCAAUUGACCUGGAGCUGAAGGGAGACAUUGAGAACUGCCUAAUUGCUAUUGUGAAAUGUGUUGGAAGCAAACCUGCAUUUUUUGCUGAAAAACUCAACCUGGCAAUGAAGGGUUCUGGCUAUAAAGGCAAGAUUCUGACCCGUAUCAUUGUCAGUCGCUCGGAGCUGGACCUGGUGCAGAUCAAACAAGAGUACAAGAAAAUGUAUGGCAAGACCCUCUACAAAGACAUUCUGGAUGAAACUAAAGGGGACUACGAGAGGAUCCUGCUGGCUCUGGUUGGAAGUGACCAGUAAAACUCUAUGCUACGCAUCUGUUCACGAUAAACGAUGGAAAUCUUUACUAGGUUUACUAAGUGACAGAACUAACGAAGGAACUAUGUCAAGAUGUUUGUGAUGACAUUAAUAAAAUUGACAUUUUGGUGCCUUU